UCUGGAGGAACGAUUCGAUUCGAAUUGUUUAACAGACGAUCGACAGCUCAAAAUGUCAAUUCCAGCUCAAUUCUCGCUGGCAUUACAAUGAAUUCAGACGCGAGCUUUACCGUAGUGGAUCGUGAACUAAUUGCACCAGUAACCGCUCUGGAAUUUGACGAAAAAGGGAACCUUUUUGUCGGUGAAGGACCUUAUCUCAAAAUAUAUGAUGCUACCAUUGGAGAACUGGUUACAAAAGAGAGAAUAUUUGAAAGCCAAAGGAUACAUUCAAUAAAACUCUAUCAUUCAGACACACUCGGAACCAGGAUUGUCAUUUGCGGAGGACGGAUUGUGAGGGUUCUGGACAGGCGAAAUAGUGGCUCAACCAGCAAAGUCGAAACAAUUCACAAAGAGACAUUUAAUGACUGGAUUUGGGAUGUUUGCUUACUGCAGGAGACAACGACUGAGGAAUCCAAUCGCAUUGCUGUAGUUACAGGUCAUAAUGCUGUCUGGAUAUAUGAUUUUAACGAAGCCAAAAAGUGGUUGAUAUCUCAAUGCGAGGAACAAUGUAUUUUAUAUUGUGCGAGAUUCAUCGGUCGAACGUUGAAGCAGAUGUGGUUGGCGUGUGGAACAGUUUUUAACGAAGUUUUACUAUGGAAAGUUACGGAUAAGUCGCAAUGUUCUUGCGAUGGCAAGGUGCUUGUUAAAAAGCGACUGACAGGCCACGAUGGCGUGAUAUUCUCGGUGAGGUACAGCGAGGAUCGUGGAUUGCUGUGUUCGGUGUCAGAUGACAGAAGCAUACAAGUUUGGCGGGCUGUCUUCGCACCUGAUUAUUCAGAUGUUACAGUAUCGGCCAAGCCAUUGUUAACUCUUUAUGGCCACAAAGCGAGGGUCUGGGACUGUCUCAUCUUGAAGAACCAUAUUGUUAGCAUUGGAGAAGACUCAAUGUAUUUGUUGUGGAAUUCUGAUGGAAAAAUAAUUCGCUCGUGGAAAGGGCAUAUCGGGAAAAGUAUUUGGUCUUUGGCUUGUACAACGGACGAACAAACGAUUGCAACGGGUGGUGGAGAUGGCGCCAUUAGGCUUUGGAUGCUUGAGAAUGACGUGGAAAAUACGAGGAAAGAACAUCAUUUCGUUUCGAGCAUCCCACAGCAACAAGAGAUGACCACCUCUCAAACGAAAGAGGAAACUCCUCGAUUGAUCGGCUUACUUCAAGAUGCCAGUGUCCUAAUCAUGACAGAUCAAGGGAACCUUUACAACUUCACGUGGAAACACGGUGGUACUUUACAAUCUCCGGGAAUAUGGAGCCUCAUUCAUCAUGAGCCAGCGUACGCGUCUUACAGCAUCAUGGCGCUGUCUGAUUGUCGAACGAUCGUAGCUCUUGGCAACCUCAAUGGCAGUAUCAAACUUAUUUCUUUAACUGAACUUUCGUGGUGUGCCCUCGAGAGAAAACCCUACACUGACAAAGUUCUAAGUCUUCACUGGAUCAAAGACGAACGAGGCGAGGGUAAUUUUCACCUGUUCUCGUGCGGACCGGAAGGUUUGGUUAUUUGGUGGUCAGUUGAGGGUCGAGGGAAGAGUAAAGAAUUUCACUGUGAAGUGAAGGCAAGAUUCCGUUUACCGUAUUGUCGUCAGAGGUGGCCAAACUCUGUGUUUUUGGUCGACGGAGAUUCCCUCUGCUCGACGUUUCUUCUCUGUGGUGAUCGACGAGGGUCGUUGCAUGUUUUUAAAGCAACGAAUGAAAACGAGGCAACGGAUCCAAAACAGUCCUUAAUUGGUAUCCACGGUCGGAAUGGAGUGACAUCGAUAUGCAGGAAUUCUGGGUACAUUUAUACCACCGGGAGAGAUGGCUGUAUAAGACAGUAUACAUUGUCUGAGGGAGAACUGGAACUACUCGACAAGAGAAAGGUUUACAAGGGAAUGGAAUGGAUUGAUAGGGUUAAUUUCACGCCCGAGGGUGAAGUGUUGGUCUAUGGAUUUCACACGGUGGAUUUUAUUAUCUGGAGUAUGACUCGAAAUGAGGUCUUGUUUCGCAUUCCUUGUGGUGGUGGUCAUCGCAACUGGGAUAUCUCCUCUACCACGACAAAUCAUGAUCUGGUAUUCACGUAUCUCAAACAGUCCUCCAUCCACUUGCAUAUCUUCUCUGCAAUUCAGAAACAACAAAGUUCGUCCAUUAUUCAGGAAAGUUUUCAUGGACGUGAAACCAACUGUGUUCGUUUUAUCAGACCUCUACAAAAAACCAGCGAAGAAAUUCAGUUAAGUUCUCUUUUAGUAACUGGUAGUGAAGAUACCACGAUUAACAUCAUGUCCUACAAUCCCCAGGAAAUCAAUCGACAAAGAUUCCGUAAGGUUGCAUCUUGCGAGGGUCAUAUCUCAAGCGUGCGUUGCUUGGCUUAUAUUGAACUAAAUCCUCAAGACUCUGAAGAAACGCCUUCUCUUAAACACCUGAUAUUCUCUGGUGGUAGCAGAGCCUCCAUAAAGUGCUGGUCGUUGGAUGUGGACAAUAUUUUGAGCGACAAAAAAAGCGACAGCUCUUCGGAAGAAGGGGCAUCUUUACACUCUAGUUGUACGCUUUUUGCAGAGCUGAGAAGUCUCUCACGUAGGUCUCGAAAGAAGAAACGACUCCGCCACGAUGUUGAUGUCGGGGAUUUCUCGUGUGAUGUUCGUAUCAUGUCGCUCAGUAUACUUCCACUUGCUGAAAUUCUACCUGAUCCAGGUGGAAGUUUAAUGGAUAUCCGCCCGAAUGCUGUUGGAGUAAUUGCUGCUUGCUCGGACGGAUAUCUUAGAUUUUAUGUGUUUGAUUAUAAACUAAAAACCUUUACGAACAUCGGUCGAGGAAAGUGCAACGAAAGAUGUUUACUUCGUACAGGACAUUUUAACCACAUCAUAUCUGCGAAAACUCACGUUGUUGUUUACGCGUCAGAUACGGCUGGGUAUAUCAGCUUCUGGGAUGUCACGCAUAUGUACGUUGAGCAUUGUGCUCGUUUUUACAAAAAUACUGAUGAUUUAGAUGCAAUAGAUGAGCAGCUUUGUAAGCUAGACAUGGAAGAUGAUGGCCCUGUCUUGGAUGACGAUGAUUUCCAAACAGGAAGUGCUGUUAAGUGUUCGAACGACCGAAUUAUGCUUAGUUCAAAAAACGAUCAUAUAAGAAGACCAUUUUGCUCUUGUAAAAUCCAUCAGUCCGGGGUGAAUUCUAUCAGCUUACUAAGAAAAGACGACGGUAGUUUUGUGCUGUGCAGCGGCGGUGAUGACGGCGCUGUUGUGUUUACUACUUUCAAAAUUCAUGGCUCAAACGAAAAAGUAGAACUGGGAUGUUGGGACAUGGUUUCAAUUCCUGAUGCGCACACGUCUGCCGUUACUGGUGUGAAACUCUUGGACAGCGAGACAGCUGUUUCUACUUCCGUCGAUCAGAGAAUGAAAUUGUGGAGCAUGGAUUGGAGUGAAGAGGGAACAAAGUUGUGUGCGGUCAAUUUAAUUGAUAUUUUCUGGCUCGAUGUAGUCGACAUUCAAGACAUAGACGUGCUGCGGAACAACAAUGGAACAUACAGCAUCGCAGCCUGUGGCGUAGGUUUACAAAUGCUGACUUUGAAAUCCCUUUGUCCGUAAUUCCCGACCUAAAUUCUGACAGAAGGAAAUAUUCUUCGUUGGGUUCGCCAAGAAUAACAGCCCGUUAUGCAUUGGCCUCGACAACUCAUCAAAGAAAGAAUAUUGAUGUUCAAGUGAUGGAAAAGUUUUAAAGCAUUUGGAAUUUUUUUGACCGAGGAAAAUGGUUUUU